GCCAUUCAAAACGAAGUCGACCAUCGCUUAGCUCCUGUCGACAAUCGCAGUCAGCAGACGAAACUACAGCAGAGCAGAUCGAGAUCAUAGUGACGCCGCUUUCGUUUCGACAGUCUGUAAUCGAGAAAUGUCGAGAAGGUGCAUACAUAGUCACUAAAGUGGUCGGACCUACUGUCGCGGUGUGGGACUUGUUGUGCGGCAAACCGCCAUGAUCUUAGCGCAUAGAAUAUUGGAAUGAUGCCGCGACGCACCAAUAAACUUUCAUAUGGAGAAUGAAACGAUUUGGCAGUCAAUUUUGUCCGUCGAGAAUCAGUCCGUUAUCCCAUUUGAUUUUACUUUGGAAUUUUCAAGCCACUUUUAUUUCUUUGGCUGUUUUGGCACAACUACUGGACUGGACACUGUCAUGCCUCUGUCUCUCUUGUGACAUCGAGUUUCAGCGUUUUUUCUAGGCUAUUUUUGGUUUAUUUGAAUAGUGACAUGAUAUAAACACUGAUAUCGAUUAAACAUCAAUCUGAAGCUUUGCACAUUGUGUAGGACCAUUUUCAACACCUGUCCCUGAUGGACUUCAUGAGAGAAGAGAACUUUCUAGGACUGUUCUGUUUUAUAGACCUUAUAGGACUUCAUAUCUUGUGAAAGUUAGAAUAGGACAGGAGCCACCAUGGGUGUCAGGCAGAGUAGCCCCGUGGCUGAGAGUCGAACCCGGGCGUAUUCUAGCCCUGUUGAACCCUCUGGAAGCAGCACUACCCCAGGGUUCAGAUACACAGCCAGUCCUGGCGGCCCCAGAAUUCGCUACACCGGAGGGACCCAACCCAGCUCCUACCACCAGACAGGGAUGAGUAUACCACAUGGUGGCCGGAGCAGCCGUCUGGACCAGGGGGAGACAGAUGGGGAGAGAGGAGGAGAACACCAGAUGAUGAUUGGCUCUCUACCACUUCACCUGUCCCCUCACCUACUGGGAGGCUUUCUCUGUCCUGUGUGCAGUAAGUUUGUGGCGUCAGAUGUGAUGGAGAUCCAUCUGAUCAUGUGUCUCACCAAAUCACGACUCCGCUACAACGAGGAUGUUCUGGUGAAAGAUAGUGGGGAGUGUGCCAUCUGUCUAGACGAGAUGGAGCAGGGACACACCAUCUCUAGACUCCCCUGUCUCUGUAUAUACCACAAAGGGUGUAUAGACGAGUGGUUUGAGGUGAAUCGUUCGUGUCCAGAGCACCCCUUGGAUUAAGGGCUCAGAUUCCCACAGAAUAUCUACCAUCUAUCUACUUCAUCCCCAUCGUCAUGACAUGCUGGCCUACGAAUCUACUUCAUCUAGAUCUGUGUCUGACCUGCUGGUCUGUGAAUCUACUUUACCUAUCAACGUCUGACCAGUGACACGAGCCUGUGAAGUUUAGCAGAGCUAGGAAUUGCCAGGAACCUCAUGAUACGAUAUUAUCACGAUACUUACAUUUCUUUUUUUAUACUUUUAGUCAUUUAGCACAGUGGUUCCCAGGGUGGGUGCGGGGGUCUCAGUCCAGCUUUAAACCUACUCUUGAAAGUUGUAAUCGUAGAAUGCACAAGGUGCAAUUUAGAAAUUGGGCAGUGCAUCAUCAGUCCUCUUGUCACAUUAGUCAUUGCAUACCUUAGAGAGCUAUUUAUAACUUGUCAGAAAUGUCCAGAAGAACUAGCCCAUGUCAGCUAACAACUGUAUUUGCACCAUGACAAAAUGUGUAGAAUUGCAUGAAAUAAGCUUUAAACCUGCAAAAUUCUCUCCACCAACAAGAGGGGUGUGAAUCACCAAAAGUGAUUGUGCCCAUAGAAAUAGACGUAGCAUAUGUGCGCGCAGGGGAGGCUUGGGAUAUUCCCCACUGCUGGAAGUGGGGCCCUGAGUGAAAAGUUUUGGGAACCCCUGAUUUAGCAGACAGUCUUAUCCAGAGUGACUUACAGUUACUGCAUUCAUCUUAAAAUAGCUAGGUGGGAUAAUCACAUA